CUAAUCUCUGUCUCUAUACGCCACAGUGUUCUUUCUUACUCUCCUCCAAAAACCUUUUUGAAUCUUUUAAAAGUUCUCUCUUUUUUCGUUUAGCUUUUUUUUUUGCUUUCUCAUGAGCUCUUUUUGGGGUUUCAUGUUUCCCGAGCUUAUCUUUAGUGUAACCAAUUUACUUUAACUAAAGCUCAUUGCUUCUUCCUUUUUCUUCACUCUCUCUCAAGUCUACAUACCGAAGCGGUGAAAUGCUUGUCGGUGCGGUGUGAUGCUCUAACGAAGCUAUUUUGUUUUCUGGGUCUGCGUAUGGAAGAUUCUGCGAUUGCUUAAGUUUCUCGGAUCUGAGUUUGAGGCUAUGUACUAGACUGGAUUGUUGUUGGGUUAAUUUAGGGUUUUGUGUUUUAAGAAGCAGAAAUUGGAAAGUUCUGUUUGAUUCGUAUAUUCUGAAGAUUGCUUUUCUUUUUGUAUGUUUCUUCUUUGCUGGGGAAACUUGUUUGUGAAGGGAUAUGCGUUGAACGAAUAAGCUUAAAGCCGGAUUUGCAGUCUUUUAUCUCUGCUAUUGUCUUGUACUCUUGUUGUAUCUUCUAUCUCUCUCUUUCUGAGGAAAGCUAGUUGAAUAAGUUACGAACCUUUUGUAAUUUCUAGUGAUCUAAUUACCAGAUCAAAGCAAUGGCUGAGAAGCAAGUUUUCUCGAGAGUCCUGGUUCUUCAGUACCGUUCUUCUUACUUCUAUCAAUUGGCCUGAGCUUUGGAGGAAGAGUUUAGGGUUUGAUUAUUUUAUCUAGUUAUGGAGGAUAUAGGAUUGGUUAAGCAAGGUUGGAUAUGGUUGCAGUCUCAGAAACAUUUGUGUUUGUGGUUUUGUACUGCAACACAAUGUUUUGGGGAAAAGACAGAAGCUUUGGCAGAGCGUCAUUGGCCACUAGUGUGCAGUGGAUGUGGGAAGCUAUUAGGGUUACUUAGUUUAUCGUUUGUUUACUGGAAAGACUGCAUUUUGAGGGGUUUCCAGUCCAGUGUUAAAUUUGGUUCAGCUGCUUUGCUCCUCAUAAUGUGGAGUUGCUUCCUUAGCCUGACUUCAGUAUCUUGCUUGGUUUAUGUUCUCCUCGGUAUGGGAGCUGCCGGUGCUGUUGUCUUGUACUUAGGUCGCACACCUGGGAUCUUCAUUGUAGGACUAUUUGGAAUUUUGAUAUUGUGGAUGUACGCUAAUUUUUGGAUCACUGGAACAUUAUUUAUAGUUGGAGGUUAUUUGUUCUCUUUGAAUCACGCACGGGUGGUGGUUCUUAUGGCGACAAUGUAUGCAAUGUACUGUGUCAAAGUCAGACUUGGAUGGCCUGGAGUUAUUCUCUCGAUGAAUCUUGCAUUCUUGUCCAACGAUAUAUUUAUUUGUCUUCUUCAAUGGUGUGAUACUGUUAGUGAAAAAACACAAGUGGAGGAGCCAACGAAACCUGAAACUGUAAUAGACGAAGAGUUUCCAGGAGAGUUUGAGUAUUCUUCUGUUCCUGCUGAAGAAGCAGAGAAAAAGGUUCAUGAAGAUAAGUCGUCCACUAAGCCAGCAUCAUCGUCAACUGUUGUCAGUAACAUGAAGGAGAUUUCUACUGUUAAGGUAGUCAAAAUAGAAACAGAUUCAGCGGAUGAGAUGAAACGAAUUCUUGAUAGUUUGAAUCACUAUGAAGCAUUGGGGCUCCCUCUGUUUAAAAAGAUUGAUGCCGCAUUGCUUAAGAAAGACUAUAGAAAGAAGGCAAUGCUGGUUCAUCCGGAUAAAAAUAUGGGAAGUCCUUUGGCAAGUGAAUCAUUCAAGAAACUUCAAAGUGCCUACGAGGUUCUUUCGGAUUCUGUUAAAAGAAGAGAUUAUGAUGAGCUGUUAAAGAAGGAAGAAUCUCGGACCAAGAUUGUCUGUCAGUCCUCGCACGCCUCUUCUCAUCAGAAUAGUGCUGCUUAUCGAUCAGAAGAGUCAAGGCGCAUACACUGUACAAAAUGCGGGAAUUCACACAUUUGGGUAUGUACCAACAGGAGUAAGGCAAAGGCCAGAUGGUGUCAGGAGUGUGGUCAAUAUCAUCAAGCCAAAGAUGGUGACGGAUGGGUUGAACACAAAGGGACUCUGGUAUUCGAGAAAGCACAUAAGAUUGAAAUACCACGAGCUUUUGUUUGCGCUGAGGGAAAAGUCUUUGAUGUCUCAGAAUGGGCUAUUUGUCAGGGAAUGGCGUGUAGACCAAAUACACAUAGGCCAAGUUUCCAUGUGAACAUGGUCGGUUUAGAAAAGGCAACACAGAGAUCAAAGUCGAGCAGGUUCCCGUGGGAUCUUGAUGUGGAGAUGAUGGACGAGGAUGAGGAAGAGUUUGAGUUAUGGCUUCAACAAGCUCUAGCUUCCGGUCUAUUCUGUGAAACAUCAAAACGCAGAAAAAGCUGGAGUCCUUUCAAGUUAACCAAGAAACAAUCCCGAAGAACAUCGACUUGACCAAAAGAAGACAUCAACAAGGAUGGCAAGAUCAACAACAAUGGCUGAAUGGCUUGUUCUUUCCAACAAUGGAAAAUGGGCGAAGAUAAGAACGAAGAGCAUAAAAAGGAAACAAUCUUUAAGGUGAUAAUGAAGAAGUAAAGGACAUGGGAGCUUGAAACCAUAUGUUGAUUGAUCACUUGUUGGAUCCCUUCUCUGUAAAUAGAAUCCGUGGAUCCUGUGUACUGUGAUGUUGUUAUGGUUUUUCUCUGAGAAACCCUAAACUAUGUAAUGUGAAAGCUACAAAGAAGACCAGUUAACCAGAAAUCUAAAGGUUAAGUUUAUUACAAGUAAAAUUUCUGGAGAAACAUUUUAG